AUGAUACUGAACAUCUCGUUGGAUAACUUAACAACAGGCGAAGAGCAAUUUCAACCCAACAGCAACAACAAAUUCAUCGAAUUUGAGAGACUUGUCCAACGUGUAAUUCCAGUCAUAUUUGGACUGAUAGUACUUCUGGGAUUCAUAGGAAACGCAUUAGUCAUCACUGUUAUUCUGGCAAAGAAAAAACUGCAAAAUACUACGAAUAUCCUGGUUGUUAGUCUUGCCUCUGCUGAUCUUCUCUUUGUUGUUUUUUGUGCCUCAUUCACCGCUUCGAACUACGCAAUGUCGUACUGGCCAUUUGGAAACAUUUGGUGUAAACUUGUUAACUUUAUAUCACACACCUUUACUGAUAGCAAAAUAACUAUAGGAUCCACAGCCGUUUUGAUAGCUGCUAACUGCCUAGCUUAUGCCAAUAGUUGUAUAAAUCCACUGUUGUAUGCUUUUCUCUCUGAGAACUUCCGAAGAAAUCUUAGGUCAGUGGUGCUUAAAUGCAUUUCACUAUAUAACUAUGAAAGGGAAAAGGAUCACGAAGGAGGUUAA